CUAUAAUUUCAAAUUAAUUUUCUUUUUUAUAUAUUUUUUAUGUGGAAAAUGGAAGUUACAAUAAUGAAUAGGGAGUUGAACACACAUAAGAAUGAGAAUUUUCAAUUUUUGGAGUGGUCAGACAAAAUAGCUGCAAUAAUUUCCAAACGAAUACUAAAUCCUCUCCUUCAUUGGGAACCAAUCUAUCGGCUAACAUCUCUCUAUGAGGAAGAGAAGAAAGGCAUGAAGGUUCUCUUGGAUUUUGCAACGCAGAUUUUAGAAGACAGAAAAGUAUAUUGGAAAGAACACGCUGAAGAACUUAAAAAGAUCGAUGCUGAAGAUGAUGAAGUUCCGAAGGUUCCGCUGUUCUUUGUGGAUCAGCUCAUGAAACUUUUCAUCGUUGAUAAGAAAUUAAAGGAAGAAGAAGUUAUUGGACACAGUCGAACAAUUCUUGUUGGGGGCUACGACACGACAGGAACUACAAGUGCUUAUCUUAUCCUUAUGUUGGCAAUGUAUCCUGAAUGGCAGACUAAAAUUUAUGAAGAGAUCAAAACUAUCUUACCUGACAAAAACCAAGAUAUUCAGUAUGAGGAUCUUAAUAAAUUCGAUUAUCUUGAUAGAUUUAUCAAGGAGACUCUUCGGCUAUUUCCCUUAGUUCCUUUUAUGGGAAGACAAGUUACAGAGACCAUGAAAUUAGGCAAAUACACCAUCCCACCAGAAGCCACAAUUAUUUGCCCGAUAUUAUAUUUGCACCGAGACGAAGAAAUUUGGGGUCCAACCGCUAACGAAUUCGAUCCAGAUCGAUUUCUUCCUGAGAAUAUGGAGAAAAUACAUCCCUAUGCCUACAUUCCCUUCAGCGGAGGACUACGGAACUGUAUUGGUCUUAAAUAUGCAAAUGCUUUCCUUAGAAUAUUCCUAAUUCACGUUGUGAGAAACCUCAAAUUUCGCACAGACUUGAAAAUGAAGGAUCUUAUUUUUGAUUUAAAGUUCUUGUUAAAUAUUCUAAAUAAACACAUGGUUUAUGUAGAAAAAUGGAAUGACUGAGGUUGCUAAAAUGUAAUUAAAAAAUCAUAAAAUAUUUGUUUUUGUUAUAUAAAAUUGUAUUUAUACAAAAAAAAUUAAAUAGGAUUUAAUUUAAAAUGUAAAAUCUAUACUCACAAAAGUUUUUAUAUUUUUAUAAUAAAAAUAAAUGAUUUAUUUUUUGAA